UGACGCUACUGGUUGAGGCAUGCCGCGCAAACGAAAGGCCGAGGCCGAGGCCAAGGACAAGAGCUCACCGGAGAAGCGGGGCAAGACGCUUGGUGGGCGCCGGGCGCUGCGAAGCGGAGCAGGCGGUGGUGGCGAAGCAGCAGCGGGAGGGAUCAAGUCGGGCAAGGGAAGCAAGGCGGGUAAGAAGGGCAAGGUAGGCAAGGCCGGGAGCGGAGCCGAUCGACCGAUGUCCGAGGAUCAGAAGCGGCGGGCCGAGGCUACCAACAGUGAACUGGAGCUCGAGGCGAUUCCCAGCGCUCAGCAGGCGGAGGGCGCAAGGACAGUCAAGAUCGUGAGCUGGAACAUCAACUCGCUCAAGGCUGCCUCCCGCGACGGGCGACUGGCCGACUAUGUGGCAAGCGAGGAUCCAGACGUCCUCGCGCUUCAGGAGCUCAAGCUGGCCAGCGAAGCGGUGGCGAACGAGGAAGCGUUUGCGGCCACGGUCGCUGCCGCAGGGCUCGGCCACUUUCCGCACGCUGUCUGGGUCCCUUCGGCCAACAAGGGCCAAUCGGGCGUGGCGCUCCUCUCCAAGAUCCCGUGGCUCAAUGUGACGACCAAACUCGAGAUGGGCGGCCACGAGCUCGAGAGCGACGGGCGGUUUGUCGCGGCCGAGUUUGAUGACUUUAUCGUGGUCGCCACUUACACGCCCAACGCCGGGCCAAAGCUCGUGCGACUUGGCCGCCGAGUCGACGUCUGGGAUGCGGCGCUCGGCGCGUACCUCGAGCAGCUGCGGGAGGCUGCACCGGGCAAGGCUGUGGUGUGGACCGGCGAUCUUAACGUUGCGCCGUUUGCCAUCGAUGUGGCCAACCCGGAGAAGAAGGAGAGCCAGCCAGGGUUCUCCCCGGCGGAACGGGACUCGUUCCAGGCCAUCUGCGCCCGCGCCGGCCUUGUCGACACGUACCGCAAGCUUCGCGACACGGUCGCCGACGACCACCCUCUCGCAGCCGUCAUGGAUGCUCAGAUCUACUCUUUCUACUCGUAUCGGGUCCGCGGCGCCCGUCCGCGCAACAUCGGAUGGAGGCUGGACCACUUUGUGGUCUCGGAGCACGCCCUGCCGCGGGUCCACGCCUCGAUCAUCCGUCCUGCCUCUGUCGUCGGCUCGGACCAUCUCCCGAUCGUGCUUAACAACCUCGGCGAGUGGGAGCUGAAGCAGGAGCGGGCGUUCACCCGGUGGCUCAACGCCGUGCUUGCGUGCAGGUCGUUGGAGGUGACCGACUUGGCGCGCGACUUGGCCGACGGCUCCAUCCUCAUCAAUACAUUGGAGAUUCUCAUGGGCGCACCCAUGCCCAAACACCGGAAGAACCCAACGUCGCCGAUGCAUCAGCGCGAGAAUGUGGCCCUUGCGCUUGAUGUGCUGGGCAAGGAGGGCGUGGUCGUCUCGUGCUCGGUCGAGUCGGUUAGGAACGGCGACCGCAAGAUGGUCCUCGGCCUUGUCUGGUCCAUGAUUCGCCACUUUCACAUCAGAGCCGACGGCGUGUCGGUCUCAAAAACGCUGCUGGCGUGGAUUAACGAAGAGCUGCACGGCUACGCCUGCUGCCCGGUCCGCAACUUUACCACCAACUUUCAGAACGGGAUGGUCCUCUGCGCUCUCGUCCACCACCUCAACCCGUCACUCAUCGACUACGACGCGCUCGACCCAAACGAUGCCGAGGGCAACCUCAAGCUCGCGCUUCAGAAGGCUCACGAUGCGUUCGACAUUCCCAUCAUGUUCGAUGCCGCAGACGUCUCACACAAGCCCGACAAGCUGUCGGUCAUGACUUACGUUGAGUUCUUCCGUGACCACACGAGGUCUCGCGAAGAAGUCCGCCACAUCUUUGACUACUACGACACCGACGGCUCGAACAUUAUGGACGAGGCUGAGUUUCGCCAGUAUCUUGUCGACUGCGGCUACGAUGUGACCGACGAGGCCAUGACAGCUGUCAUGAGUCUGCUUGACCGCGACAACUCGGGUACGGUCACGUUUGACGAGUUUCUUUCAUGGUACACCUCGCCCAACCGCGACGAGAUGCUUGAGACCACCGGCGAUGUGCGUCGACGCUGGGGCGAGCGGCCGGAGCUCUCGACUGCCGUCCGCGAGAAGGCCGCCGCUGGCGCCGCUGGCGCCGCUGGCACAGGCGCAGAUAGGUCCACGGAUACCGUUGCCGAGACGGCAAGCAAUGGUUCGGGAAUCGGGCUGGCCUCACCACCAGCCUCACCGAUCAAGGCUGGGUCGAGCUCGCGGAUGGCAUCGCCAUCGCCGGCACGACGGUCACGGCUCAACUCGUCGGGCCACUCGCUCAAUUUGACCAACUCGCGGCUGCACGCGGCGCUGGCCAGAGCGCGCUCGCCGAUGGCGCCCGAGAGAGAGCGCUCGAUCUCGAGCCUGCGCGGGCGGUCGCGCUCACCAUCGAUCUCGAGCCUUAACCGGUCGAUGCCUGACCACGCGGCAGGCCAGAUCGAUCCGGCGACCCGGUCGCGGUUGACCCAGCGGCGUGGCUCGCUUCCGCUCGGUGCUCCAUUGCGGGCCCCACCACACCAGCCGGACGAGUGCCGGCGGUGCAAGCAACACGAGCGCGAGAUUGCCAAGCUCCGUAGGCAGCUGCAGUCGUCGGAGACCAGGAUUGACGAGCUGGCGUCGGCGGUUGACGAGACCAACGCUCCGGCGUCGACCACGUUCGCGCUCCGCCAAUCGGGCAUGGUGCUUGAGCCAGAGUUGAUGCGGCAACUUGACACCGCUAACAGCAAGCUGGCGAGUGUCCAAGCCGAGUACGACGCUCUUGCCAAAGCCCACAAGACGCUUGAGCGCGAGGUGACCGAAGCGCAGGCUGCCCACGAGGCCGAGGUGGCCGAGUACAACGACAAGCUGGCAGUGGCAGCCAACGCGUUCAACGUUGUCAAGGAACAAUGGUCUGCGCAGCAGAUCGAGCACGCGGCCGAGUUGGAGGAGCGGUCCAAGCUGGAGGGCAAGCUGGAGAAGGCGCUCAACAAGUCGCGUGCUGCACGUGCCGAGCUGGAGGCUCAGCUCGAGGCCACACGGGCUGAAGCUGAAAGCGCAGCCAAGAACGCGACUGACGCGCUGGCUGCGGAGACCACGGCUCGCGAGGACCACAACCGCAAGAUUGCGGACCUCUCGACUGAGCUCAAGAACUGCCAGAUGAGCCAAGAGGCGGCGCAGGCCGAGCUUGCGUCGGUCCGCGAGGAGCUUCGGAGCGAGGAGCAGGUCCGGAGCAAGUCCGAGGUCGAGCUCCGUGUACUUCGCGAGCAGUGCGAUGAAGCCAAGGCUGAGCUGGCUGGGGUUCUCAAGAGCGCCAGCGAGCGCAAAGAGCGGAUCAAGCAACUCGAGGCCGAGCUCGACGCGUCCUACGAGGAGCGAAGCCGUCUCGAGGCCAAGGUGGAAGAGCUGGCGCAGGUGGAGACCAAGCUGGUCGCGACGGUAGCGGCGCAGAGAGAGCACGGCUCGAUGCAGAAGGCGGUACAGGGCGAUCUGGCAGCGGUGCGGCAGGAACUGCAGCGGACCGAGCAGGCCCGCAGCCAGCUCGAGGUGGAACAUCGGGUUCUGCGUGAGCACCACGAGAGUGCCAGGGCAAAACUGGCAUCAACCGAAGCUUCAGCCAAGGAUCAAGUUGCGGAGCUGGAGCGUGUCCGCGAAGAGGUUGGGCUACUUUGCCAGCAGCUCCAGGGCAAGGACGCUGAGGUGCGCGUGCUGCAAAGCCACCAGGCCGAGGCGAGAGCGGAGCUCGAGCGGAUGCAGAAGAGUCUAGACGAGCGGGCUGACCGGGUCGCGGCGCUCGAAGCCAAGCUGGACAACUCACUUGACGAUCGUACUGAGUUGCAGCAACAAAUUGCCGAGCUCCAGGUGCAAGCCCGUGAGGCCAAGAGUCGCGCUGCCGCGGCGGAGGCCCGGGCCAUCGAGCUGGAAGACGAAGCCGAGGCGACGAGCAUGGCGCUGGAAGCGUCGACAGCGUCGCUGGAGGAGUCGAGCCAACUUGCACGGACCGAAGCCGAAUCCGCACAGCGAGAGCUACGUGAGCUGCGGGCUCGGAUCGAGUCACUGGAGAAGGUGCGACAAGCAGACGCAGCGCGUGCAGAACACGAGGCCGAAGCGCGACUUGCGGCCGAACGCAAGCUCGAGCAUGCCAAGGCCGAGUGCGAGGCUGCCGAACAGGCUCUGGCCGACCGUGUGGCACGGGUAGAUGUGCUUGAAGCGCGCGUUGAUGCCUCGCUGGACGAGCGCAACGAGCUGCAGCAGCAGAUUGUUGAGCUCAAAGCCGCGGUGCGGGAGACAGGCGCCGCCAAGGAUGCAGACGCUGCGCAUGUGGCUCAGCUCCAGGCGGCAGCACAAGCAGCCGAGGCGGCGCGAGUCAGAGGCCAUGACGAGCUGACGCGGACGCGGGCCGAGUACAAGGCCAAGCUUGAAGCAGCGGAGGAGGCCCACGGACGAAUUGUUGCUCGGGCCGAGCGCGAAGAGGCGGCGCGACUGGAAGCAGAGGCUCGACUGGCUGCAGCCGCGAGCGAGCAUGCCGAGACGCAGCAGCGGCUCGAGCGUGCUGAAGCAGAGCGGAGGGCGGCCGAAGCGAGCCUGGAAGAGCGCCUGGCACGGGUGGAGACGCUCGAGGCCAAGCUUGACACGUCGCUUGACGAACGACAGUCUUUGCAGGACAAGGUUGCCGAGCUCCAGUCUGCUCUUCACACGGCACAGCAAGAUGCGCGCGUGGCCGAGGCGCGGGUUAUUGAGCUCCAUGAAGAGUCUGAAGCCAGGGUGGCGGCUCUGGAAGCUUCGACGGCGUCACUGGAGGAAGUGUCGAGGGUGGCACGGAGCGAAGUUGAGGCCAAGCUUGAGGCUGCGCACGCCGAGGUCGAGAGCUUGCGGGGCAAGCUGGCGACAGCGGGCGAAACGCACGCCGAGACGCAGCGGCAGCUGGAACGUGCCGAAGCUGAGCAGAGGGCGGCCGAAGCGAGCCUGGAAGAGCGCCUGGCACGGGUGGAGACGCUCGAGGCCAAGCUUGACACGUCGCUCGACGAACGACAGUCUUUGCAGGACAAGGUUGCCGAGCUCCAGUCUCAGAUCCGCGAGGCGGAGAAGAAGACUCUCCACCUCGAGGCGCAGCAAGCGUCCUCUGAAGAGCUCAUAGCGAUGGUGAAGCGCGACCGAGCUGACGUUGUGACACGACUGGAGGCCGAGAUUGCAGCUCUCAAGGGUCGCCUUGCUGAGCAAGAGCACGAUGCUGCCAAAGUGCAGACCAAAAUGGAUGCGCUUGAGGCUGAGCUGACCAGCGAGCGCCAGGCGCACGCCGAAGUGGCUAAUGAUCUGCGAGCAAGCGUAAGCGAGCGCGAGGCCGAACUUGCCACACGGCGGACAGAGUGCUCGGAGCUGCAGCUACAGCUCGAGGCACUGCAGCGUGAGAUUGCGGUGACCGAGGAUGCGGCAAAGCAUGCUGCGGACGAACUGGACGAGUGUCGGGCCGAGCUUGAAGCGGUGCAGCUUGCGAGGAGCACUGCGGAGUGCAAGGUUGAAGAGCUGGCGAGCGAGCUGCGCCAAAGUCUGGCUGCAGCGGCCGAUGCCAAGACAGAACUUGCGGGCUGCCGGCAAGAGCUUGCGGAUGCUGGUGAGGCCCAAAAGGCCAUCGCAGUGCGGUUGGCCGAGGCUGAGGCCGAGCUGGAGCGCGAACGCGCUGCACACGCGCACACGCUUGAGCAGCAGACUGCCGAUGUGGCGCUGCUGGAGAGUGUGCGGGCGGAAAAGACAGAGCUUGUCCGCGAGCGCGACGUGCUCAAGCUCGAGCUGGGUACGUUGUCCGAGGCGCGGACCCGCGAUGCUCGUGUCCAACAGGGGGUUCGAGAAGAUCUCGAACAAGGGCUGGCCGAGGCCCAGGCUGAGCGUGCGACGGUGGAGGCGACGCUGGGCAAGAGACUAGCUGCGGCGGAGCAGGCCAGCGAGGCUGCGUCCCGAGAGCGCGACGAGGCGAAGGCCGAGCUGGCAACUGUGUCUGUGCUGAUGGCGCGCGAGACCGAGGCGCACGGCGAGACCAAGGCUGAAUUGGCGAUCAUUGCCGAGCGGGCGCGUGAGCUGCAGACUGAGGUGUCUAGCACGAGCGAAAAGUGCGAGCAGAUUGCGCGUGAGCGUGAUGUAGCACGGGUCGAGCUUGCGACGACGACCGAGGCGCGCGAGCGUGAGAGACGUGUGCAAGACGUUGUGCGGAAGGAGCUUGAGGAAGCGCUCGGCAAGGCGAAGGCACGCUGCGAAACGCUGGAUCAGGAGCGUCAGGAUCUGGAACGACGUGCAAUUGAGCUUGAAGUCCUUGCAGCGUCUGCAGCGAAUGCUGCUGCCGUGGCUGAGGCGGAUCGAGACCAGCGUGUCGCUGAGAAUGAGGUUGAGGUGAAGGCUGUGCGCGAGCAGUUGAUUGCCGAGAAGGAGACUGAGAUCAAGGCCGUCCGCGAGCAGUUGGUUGCUGAGAAAGAGUCCGAGAUCAAGGCUGUCCGCGAGCAGCUGGUUGCUGAGCGCGAGGCUUCAGUCCAAGCCGUGCACGAGCAGUUGGUUGCUGAGAAGGAGACUGAGAUCAAGGCCGUCCGCGAGCAGUUGGUUGCUGAGCGCAAAGCCGAGAUGAAGGCUAUGCGCGAGCAGUUGGUUGCUGAGAAAGAGUCCGAGAUCAAGGCCGUCCGUGAGCAGGUUGUGGUGGAAAAGGAGACUGAUAUCAAGGUCGUCCGUGAGCAAUUGGUUGCGGAGCACAGAGCUGAGCACGAGCAGUUGGUUGCUGAGAAGGAGACUGAGAUCAAGGCCGUCCGCGAGCAGUUGGUUGCCGAGAAAGAGUCCGAGAUCAAUGCUGUCCGUGAGCAGGUUGUGGUGGAAAAGGAGACUGAGAUCAAGACCGUGCGCGAGCAGCUGGUUGCCGAGAAAGAGUCCGAGAUCAAUGCUGUCCGUGAGCAGGUUGUGGUGGAAAAGGAGACUGAGAUCAAGACCGUGCGCGAGCAAUUGGUUGCGGAGCACAGAGCUGAGCACAAGCAGUUGGUUGCUGAGAAGGAGACUGAGAUCAAGGCCGUCCGCGAGCAGUUGGUUGCCGAGAAAGAGUCCGAGAUCAAUGCUGUCCGUGAGCAGGUUGUGGUGGAAAAGGAGACUGAGAUCAAGACCGUGCGCGAGCAAUUGGUUGCGGAGCACAGAGCUGAGCACGAGCAGUUGGUUGCUGAGAAGGAGACUGAGAUCAAGGCCGUGCACGAGCAGUUGGUUGCCGAGAAAGAGUCCGAGAUCAAUGCUGUCCGUGAGCAGGUUGUGGUGGAAAAGGAGACUGAGAUCAAGACCGUGCGCGAGCAAUUGGUUGCGGAGCACAGAGCUGAGCACGAGCAGUUGGUUGCUGAGAAGGAGACUGAGAUCAAGGCCGUGCACGAGCAGUUGGUUGCCGAGAAAGAGUCCGAGAUCAAGGCCGUCCGUGAGCAAUUGGUUGCGGAGCACAAAGCUGCACACGAGCAGUUGGUUGCCGAGAAAGAGUCCGAGAUCAAGGCCGUCCGCGAGCAGUUGGUUGCUGAGAAAGAGUCCGAGAUCAAGACCGUGCGUGAGAAACUCAUCACUGAGCAUGAGGCUGCCCGCGAGCAGCUGGCAUCCGAGAAAGAGGCCCAGAUCCAAGCGCUCCGCGAGCAGCUUGCAUCCCAAACCCGGGUAACGGCGCUUGCAGAGGACGAUCUUGCGACCGCGAGUAGAAGGCUCGAGACAGCCGUGAGGUCGCUCGACGCCACGUCUGCUCGAGUCACCAAGCUCGAGGCCAAGCUCGACGCCGCCCACGACGCUAGAAGCAAGCAACAGGCCCAGAUUGCUGCGCUACAGGACGAGCUGCAGGCAGCCGAGCAGGCUCGCAUCCAUGCGGAGGUCUCAGCAAGCUCAGCUGCCGAGCGCGAGUCGGUCCUUGCUGAAGAGCAGACUGCCCACCGCGCUCACGUCAACGACGCGCUCGCCAAGGCCGAGGCCAAGAUCGCCGAGUUGACGACUCAGCUCGAGCGUGGCGCUUUCCUCGAGACCCAGCUGUCGAGCACGACUAAGGCACAUAAGAGCCUUCUCGCGGAGUACGAGGCGUUCAAGGCCGAGCAUGCAGUGUAUGCUGACGUGCAGGCCAAACUGGAGACGGCGCUGCGGACAAAGAACGCCGAGUGGGCACGACAGUACGAGGCGCUCAUGGGCGAGCACAGCCACCUUGGGCUCAAGUAUGACGCCCACAAGGUGCGGUAUAUGGAGAUCAAGCACAAGUACAUCGCAGCCCGCGACCGGAUCAUGGAGGCCGUCCGCACCGCCGAGAAUCGCAAGGACGCCGAGUACGCUGAGCAGGUCCAUACCGCGCUUGACUCGGUCGCCCGUGCUGAGGCCGAUCGCGCUCAGGCCCAAGCUGAUGCACGCCGGUUCUCGGGUGAGCUCGGCGAUGCCAACGACACCAUCGCCCGUCUCACAGCCGACCUGGCAUCGUACCGCCACAAGGCCGAGACUGCGCACGCUCGCUAUGAGACGCUCCUCGCCAAGCUCAUCCACUACGAGAAGCACGUGGUGCCUGAGCUCAAGCUCGAGGUCCAGGCUGCACAGGUCGCUGUUGUCGAGGAGGCCAAGCGCAAGGACGUGAACCACACGUACCUCGACAAGGUCAUUCACGACAAGCACGCUCUUGAGCGGCAGCUUGCCGACGCCAAAAACACGAUCGCUCUUUUCGAGGCCCAUCAACCGGCGUCGCCACUGGCCCGUAAGAGUCGCGAGCGUCGGCCCGCCGAAGAGUCCGGCGGCCCAUCACGCGGGCCGGACGGACCAGCGUCGCUGGAAAAGCCCGCGUCGCCCAAGGCACCGUCACAAAUGACCAUCGAUACACUCAAGACGCAGCUCCGCAACGAGCGCGCCGAGCACGCCAAGGCCAAGGCGCUGGUGCUCUCGCUCCAGCAUCAGCUCGCGGUGGCGGUCAAGCACGUUUCGGCGGCAUCGAGCUCGCCCCUGGCACCGACACCGUCGCUGCCAUCCCUUAAGCGGACGCGGCGGCGGGUGCGGCGAACUCAUAGCGCGGCCGAAUGAAGGGAAGCCAGGCAAGGCAAGGGUCUCACCAAGCAAGCACAUCUUCGUUUACGAGGGUGGGAAGGCGACGCGUGGCUCUCGCCCACGCGGAAAACCGAGGAACAGUCUGCAGCCAGCGAUACCGCCAGCCGCAAGUUGAGAGUGAGAGUGG